GUGGGGAUUUUGAGGACGUAGAAUGAAGAGAUUCUCAAUCUCUUUCGUCCUCCUCUUCCUCAUUCCUCUCUUAGCUUCAUGUGAAAAACAGGUUUACAUAGUGUACUUUGGAGGGCACAAUGUAGAAAAAGCAUUGCAUGAGAUUCAAGACACUCAUCAUUCUUAUCUGCUCUCUGUGAAAGCGACUGAAGACGAAGCUAGAGCCUCUCUUCUUUACAGCUACAAGCACAGCAUCAAUGGCUUCGCCGCAUUGCUCACGCCCGAAGAAGCCUCCAAGCUAUCCGAAUUGGAGGAGGUGAUAGCAGUGACUCGGAGCGACCCGAAAAAGUAUUCUUUGCACACCACAAGGUCAUGGGAGUUUAUAGGGUUGGCAGGGGAAGAGGGAGAUGAAAAGCACUGGAGGAGAGGCGGAGAAUUAUGGUCCAAAGCCAGAUAUGGGAAUGAUGUUAUAGUUGGGCUCUUGGAUAGCGGUGUUUGGCCAGAAUCAAAGAGCUUCAGCGAUGAAGGAAUGGGACCUGUCCCAAAAUCAUGGAAAGGAAUCUGCCAAACAGGAGUUGCUUUUAACUCAUCCCAUUGCAAUAGGAAGCUCAUUGGAGCCCGAUACUACCUCAAGGGUUAUGAGACAAACAUAGGCCCUCUAAACGCCACUGAGGAUUACCAAUCAGCUCGUGACAAAGAUGGCCAUGGAACACACACUGCCUCAACCGUUGGAGGCCGAUGGGUCCCCAACACCUCCGCCAUCGGCGGCUUUGCUCAUGGCACCGCCUCCGGCGGAGCACCGCUUGUCAGGCUCGCUAUAUACAAGGUCUGCUGGGCUAUACCGGGCCAAGAAAAAGCAGGGGGGAACACUUGCUUUGAGGAAGACAUGUUGGCAGCCAUUGACGAUGCCAUUGCUGAUGGUGUUGAUGUUCUGAGCAUUUCCAUUGGGACUACUAAACCUUAUCCUUUUAUCAAUGAUGGUAUUGCAAUUGGAGCCCUCCAUGCCUCGAAGAAAAACAUUGUCGUGGCAUGUAGUGCUGGGAACUCGGGCCCUGCACCUUCAACUUUGUCGAAUCUGGCUCCAUGGAUGAUCACAGUUGGUGCUAGUAGUGUGGACCGUGAGUUUGUCUCUCCUGUCGUGCUAGGAAAUCAUUUGAAAAUUGAGGGGCAAACUGUGACUGAAUUCAAGCUGGAGAAUAAGCUGUAUCCCUUAGCAUACGCGGCAGAUGUUGUUAACCCAGGCAUAUCCAAUGACCUUGUUGGACAAUGCCUCCCUGGCUCUCUUUCACCUGCAAAGGUAAAAGGAAAGAUAGUUUUGUGCAUGAGAGGUAAUGGAACAAGAGUUGGAAAAGGCCUGGAAGUGCAGAGGGCUGGUGGUGCUGGUUUUAUCCUUGGAAAUACUCCCGCAAACGGAGCUGAGUUAUCUGUUGAUCCUCAUUUGGUUCCUGCCACUGCUGUAAGUUACAAUGAUGCCGUCAGAAUUAUGAAUUACAUCAACUCUACUGAGAAUCCGAUGGCGAAAAUCAUACCGGCAAAGACAGUGCUACAUACCAAGCCAGCACCAUUCAUGGCUGCAUUCACAAGUAGAGGUCCAAAUGCUAUUGACCCUAAUAUUCUCAAGCCUGACAUCACAGCACCAGGGCUGAAUAUACUGGCAGCAUGGAGCGAGGGAGACCCUCCUACAAAGUUGUCACUAGAUCACCGAAUUGCCAAGUACAAUAUUUUAUCUGGAACUUCAAUGUCUUGCCCUCAUGUGGCUGCUGCGGCUGCACUUCUCAAAGCCAUACACCCAACUUGGAGCAGUGCCGCAAUCAGAUCUGCUCUAAUGACCACAGCCGGGUUAACAAACAACAUGGGUUUGCCAUUGAGCGACGAAUCUGGCAAUCCAGCCACUCCCUUUGCAUAUGGCUCCGGCCACUUCCAACCCACAAAAGCGGCGGACCCCGGUCUAGUAUACGACGCCACAUACACCGACUACCUUCUCUACUUCUGCAGCAUUGGGUCAAUCAAUAAUGUUGACCCAACAUUCAAGUGUCCAGCAGUGCCACCCUCAGCAAUCAACCUCAACUAUCCAUCCUUGGCAGUCUCCAAACUCAAUGGCACAGUCACCGUUACGAGGACAGUCACAAAUGUUGGUCACCGCAAGAGUGUGUACUUCUUUAUUUCCAGACCACCUUUGGGAUUCUCCAUAAAGGCCUUCCCAAGCAUUUUGAUCUUUGAUCAUGUUGGCCAGAAAAAGAGCUUCACCAUCACGGUGAAAGCAAGAGGUCAUCGGACGGCCACCAAGGUUGCUGACAAGGAUGAGUAUGCUUUUGGGUGGUAUAGUUGGACCGACGGACCCCAUAUCGUAAAAAGUUCAAUGGCAGUGUCUUUAGCAUAAACAUGGAUAGCUAGCUAGUAAAUUCAGUUUGAUGGUUCUUAGCCAGGUAUAGGAGCAUAGAGAAGAAGAAGAAAAAAAAAGGGUCUUGGAAACGUUUCGUUUUAAGUUUGUCUUGAAUUUGUUAGGAUUACAAAGAAUAAUGCAUUACUUUUUAGCUUCUUGAAAGCUCAUUUUGGAGCUAAUAAAUGAAAUUUGAG